CCUCCGUCAUCUCAGCAGGCGGCCAUCGUCGUGCUCCUCUCACUCCAUCUGUCCACUAGCACUCAACCUCGCCCUCUCAACGACCCUUCUACAAAUCCAUAAUUACCAGAUUCUUCUUCAUCUUCCGGGAUUCACGAUCAUGGCUUCUAGAGCGCCUGCGGGAGCCCGUCCCGGUGCGAGGUUCGCCCAGUUCAAGCUGGUCCUGCUCGGAGAGUCUGCUGUCGGAAAGAGUUCACUCGUGUUGAGAUUCGUCAAAGAUCAAUUCGAUGACUACCGGGAGUCUACAAUCGGCGCCGCUUUCCUUACGCAGACCAUCUCACUCGAUGAGAGCACAACGGUCAAGUUCGAGAUAUGGGAUACCGCUGGUCAGGAGCGCUACAAGUCGCUAGCGCCGAUGUAUUACAGAAAUGCCAACUGCGCCGUUGUGGUUUAUGAUAUCACGCAAGCCGCGUCCCUCGACAAGGCCAAGUCAUGGGUGAAGGAGCUUCAGCGCCAAGCAAACGAGAACAUCGUCAUUGCUCUUGCUGGAAACAAGCUUGAUCUCGUUACCGAUAACCCUGAUAAGCGUGCUGUCCCGACCGCAGAUGCAGAGGCCUAUGCGCGCGAGGCCGGCCUACUUUUCUUCGAGACCUCCGCGAAGACCUCGACGAAUGUCCGGGAACUGUUCACCGCUAUUGCCAAGAAACUCCCUCUGGACCAGGCAGGACCCCGAAAUCUGAGAACGACGCCUCGAUCCGGUGUGGACUUGAGACCAGAAGCGCCCGGCACCCAAGCCGCUGGUGCCUGCAAUUGUUAGACAUAUCUUGAUGAUUGCGCACUCUUGUCCCCCUCGCCUUCCGUAUUAUCUUUCUCUCUUGCUUGGUCGAGAUCCGUUCCAACCGUGAACCUCGAGGGUAUUUGCUGCAGGUGACUGAGCUGAUGGUAUGCUUUUAAUGCUGGGUGUGCCGAUUGAAAUCUGCGCAACGUCCGUUGCGAUCGAUUACAGUCGACACUGGAAAUAUUAUCUUUGUCUCUUAUUCUCAUUUCUUGCCUCGUGCUGCC